CUCAAAACGAGCUCACAUCGUCACCAGCAUGGAUCCUUACACUUCAAAAGUUGCAGUUAUAACUGGUGGGAGUCGUGGUAUUGGUUACAACGUUGCAGCAGCCCUUGUUGCCAAAGGCGCCAAAGUUGUACUCGGUGACAUCCUUGACAAAGAAGGUGAAGCUGCAGCAAAGGAACUUAACACCAGAGCCGGCAAGCAAGUGGCAGCAUAUAUUCAUACGGAUGUGACCAAGUACAAGGAUCUGAUUGCACUGUUUGCAUUGGCGGAGAAAACAUUUGGCGGUGUCGAUAUUGCCAUGCUAAACGCAGGUAUCGCAGGAGAGUCUGCUGGAGGCGUCUUUACUCCACUUGAUGACCGUGCGGAUAUGCUAAUCCAUGAAGUCAACAUCGGGGGUGUGAUAAAGGGAAACAAAGUUGCUCUCCUGCAUAUGGCAAAGCGUGGAAAAGGGGGGAUCAUCAUAAAUACUGCAUCUAUUGCCGGUUUUUCUGCCAUGCCUUCAAUCGCUGCUUAUUGUGCUACCAAGCACGCCGUUGUAGGAUGGUCACGUAGUCUGGUGAAUAUGCAAAGUGUAUGCGGCGUCCGAGUUAAUGCAGUGUGUCCUUACUGGUGCGAAACCGACAUUAUUGCAAACCCUGCCAGUGAUGUCGCCCGCCGAUUCCUUGAAGCUACUCCAAAGACAACAAUGGAAUACGUAGUUCAAGCUUUUGAGCAGUGUAUUGAAGACUCUGACAUGGCUGGCGAAACUUUACUCGUUCUUCCUGAUGGCAUCCACGUCCAGCCCAGUUUUAUCCCACCUGAGUGUUGUUUCACAUCAGAGUUCCUUGAAAAAGUUCCACAGUUGACGGAGGAUGGAAAUAAGGAAACCAAGAAAAAACUAGCUCAAGCUAUUAAAGCUGCUAAACUCUAA